GUGCGUUGAAAUUCAAGAAGACGGAAAUAGAAAACGCGAGUGAUUCGGUAGCGAAGGGCCUACGAGUCUCCAACUCCUUAACCCCUUCACCAUGAGUUGUCAAAAGCUCUCUUGCUGUGAUCGAUUCCUUCCUUCCCUGGUGAAAGUAAGACAUCAAAUUAUCACCAAUAUCUCCGAUUCCCGCUUCUCUAGGAACUUUUCUCCCUCCCCUUCCCUCUCUCUUCCUAUUUUCCUUGUUCUUUGUUUUGGGUCUUUUUCUUUUGCUCUAGCCAUUAGGAGGGAGUGCCUGCAAUGGAAGGGACUGCAUUGGACGAACUGGUUGAGAGGCUAUUGGAAGGGAGGAAGACCAAAGGAAAACGUGUUCAGCUCAACGAAUCUGAGAUUCGUCAGCUUUGCAUUACCGCCAAGGAGAUAUUCCUGCGCCAACCCAAUUUAUUGGAAUUAGAAGCUCCCAUGAAUGUUUGUGGUGACAUACAUGGACAGUUCCCAGACCUCCUACGCUUGUUUGAAUGUGGAGGUUUCCCCCCAGAAGCCAAUUACCUAUUCCUUGGGGACUAUGUGGAUAGAGGAAAACAGAGCAUCGAGACCAUAUGCCUUCUCCUUUGUUACAAGAUCAAGUACCAAGAUAACUUCUUCCUCCUUCGAGGAAACCAUGAAUGUGCUUCCAUCAACAGAAUCUAUGGAUUCUAUGAUGAAUGUAAGCGCCGAUUCAGCGUUCGUCUUUGGAAGACCUUCACAGACUGUUUCAACUGUUUACCAGUUUCAGCAAUCAUUGAUGACAAGAUCUUAUGCAUGCAUGGUGGUCUGUCCCCAGAAAUGGGGAGCUUGGAUCAGAUAAGAGCAAUUGAGAGGCCAAUUGACGUGCCUGAUCAGGGGCUGUUGUGUGAUCUACUUUGGGCAGAUCCUGACAGAGAAAUAAAAGGAUGGGGGGAGAAUGAUAGGGGAGUUUCCUAUACUUUUGGUGCAGACAAGGUGACUGAGUUCUUGAAGAAGCAUGACCUUGAUCUAGUUUGUCGGGCUCAUCAGGUGGUUGAAGAUGGGUAUGAGUUCUUUGCAGACAGGCAACUAGUUACGAUAUUCUCAGCCCCAAACUAUUGUGGAGAAUUCAACAAUGCAGGUGCACUGAUGAGUGUGGAUGCAAGUUUGUUAUGCUCUUUUCAGAUUCUCAAACCCUGGAGGGGCAAAUCAGUUCAGCCGGAAUAGAUUCCAACCAAUGGAGGGUAAGGGAGAAAUAAAUUUGAUAAAAAACCGAAAAGAACAUGGUGGAACAAGCACAUACCUUGAUCUGCUGUGGCCAACAUUUAUGCUAAUUGCACUUUGAGAGGCAGAUGUAUUUCUCCAUUCCAAUUUUCACAAUGGAAGGCCUUUCUGUUUCCUUUGUUGUGGAUCAUCCAGAUACUAAUUUAAGAGUUAUCAAGCUCAAGCUGAUGUAUAUAAUCCCUUACAGAUAAAAGAAUCUUGACACAGACAGAGGAAGCUAAAGUAUCAGAGCUGGAGUAUAAGCUCUGUAGGUGCUUUAUACCCUUAGGGAAUAAGAAGAGUGAUUGAAUUGAAUGAGUUGACAAGAGAAACUAUGUGUUUGCAUUAACUGUUUUACAAAUUAAGUAUAUAAUGUAUGUUUCAAGCAUUUUGGUUACAGA